AUGAGAGCCUCAACGAGACUCUUAUGGAAACUAUCCGUCAUCCUUUUGUUGACAGUAGUUUCCGAGGCACACGUCGAUCCUGAACCAGAUCUCGCAUCCACAGGGCAAAACAAGUGUGCACAUGAUGAAGAAGCAGCUGAUGUCACCGAGUAUACUGCCAGACGUGCAGCAGCCGAAAUAGAACGUGAAACCGCCGAAAUAAAACCACCGCAACAAGGAAAACGUCCGGGUAAAAGACAUGGCGGCGGUGCCAUCCCCCAAGGAGCUGAGAUGAAUUGGCCCGGUAAAUGGGAGUUGUUCAUGAAAAGCUCCGGCGUGUCCGCCAUGCACGCCAUUCUCAUGCCGUUGAUCAACAAAGUCCAGUUCUACGACGCAACCAUUUGGAGAAUUUCCACGAUCAAGCUCCCUCCAGGCGUACCUUGCCAUGUUUACGACGUAAAGGCCAACAAAAUUGAUUGUUGGGCUCACUCUGUCCUCGUCGAUAUCGAAACCGGAAACAUGAGGCCUCUCGCGCUUACAACGGACACAUGGUGUUCAUCGGGAGGUUUAACGGUGAACGGGACUUUGGUUAGCACUGGAGGUUUCCAAGGAGGAGCAAACACGGCAAGGUACCUUGCAAGCUGCGACAACUGCCAAUGGAUUGAGUAUCCGAAAGCAUUGGCUGCAAGAAGAUGGUAUUCAACACAAGCCACUCUCCCCGAUGGUAACUUCAUCGUUGUUGGGGGCCGUGACGCUCUCAACUACGAGUACAUCCUACCCGAAGGAAUGGAGAACAAGAAACUCUACGACUCACAACUUCUUAGACAAACAGAUGAUCCAGAAGAAAACAAUCUUUACCCUUUUGUUUGGCUCAACACCGAUGGCAACCUCUUCAUUUUCGCAAACAACCGUUCCAUCCUCCUCAGCCCGAAAACAAACAAAGUCAUCAGAGAGUAUCCUCAGCUCCCCGGUGGUGCUCGUAACUACCCCGGUUCCGCUUCUUCGGCUCUUCUACCCAUCCGCCUCUACGUCAACAACCCUCCUUCCAUUCCUGCUGAUGUCCUCAUCUGCGGGGGUGCCAAGCAUGAUGCAUACUAUCGUGCCAACACUAAGAAAAUUUACGGUGCAGCCUUGCAAGAUUGCGCAAGAAUGAGCCUCAACAGUGCCAGGCCUGUUUGGAAGAUAGAGCAGAUGCCAACGCCGCGCGUAAUGAGCGACACUGUGAUCCUCCCUAAUGGAGAGAUUCUCCUUGUUAAUGGCGUGAAAAAAGGAAGCUCUGGUUGGGGCUUAGGCAAAGAUCCCAAUCUCUCUCCGACCUUGUACAUGCCUAGCAAACCUUUGGGCCAACGUUUCAAACUGCUCGCUGCUUCCACUAUUCCCCGUGUGUACCACGCCAUCGCCAUCGCUCUACCUGACGGUAAAGUUCUCAUCGGCGGCAGCAACACUAACGACGGUUACAAGUACAACGUUGAAUACCCAACGGAGCUUCGCAUCGAGAAAUUCUCACCGCCUUAUCUUGACCCGGCUCUUGCCAACAUGAGACCAAAGAUUGUGAACACCGCUACACCGAAACAGAUCAGGUAUGGACAAAGGUUUAACGUCAAGAUCGAGCUUAAGCAAGCAAAUGUGGUAAAGGAGAAUGUGAUGGUUACAAUGUUGGCACCACCGUUUACUACACAUGCUGUGUCAAUGAACAUGAGGUUGCUUUUGUUGGGUAUUUCUGAAGUCAAGAAGGAGAUUGGUGAUUUUCAUCAGAUUCAAGCUGUUGCUCCUCCAAGUGGAAACGUUGCUCCUCCUGGUUAUUAUCUUCUCUUUGCUGUCUACAAUGGUGUCCCAAGCAUUGGAGAAUGGAUUCAGAUUGUUUGA